AUGAUGGUACCCAGAGCUUUCCUGUUUUCUUCGGUACGGCUUCAGGAAGAUGCCAUACAGAACGAGAAGAAUAACGUGAAGACUGCGACGUCUUCGCGACAAGCGAAGGAGAAUAGACCGCCGCUAGCCUCGGGCGCAGUCAUCUCCCAACCUGUCGCUACAGACUCGGCCACGGUUUCUCAUACAAGCCCUGUUAUUAUACCCCCAAAAGCUAAGACGGAACGCAAUGGGAAUUUUUACCAAAGCAACAGAGCCGGGGGAACUGCACGUAGGGAUUCGGCCUCAUCGCGGCAGUCAACCUCCGCCCAGACCUUAGAUCGCAAUCUUCCCUCGUCUUUGGCUACGCUGCUCGAGACCACGGCGAUCCCUCGUCGAAGUAGAAGCAUAAGGGGACCUCGCAAAUUACCGCGUGGGAACCAUGUCGAAGCUUUUAGUCGAUUACUCAUGGAUGGUGUCAAAGUACGAGAUGACUAUAUUAAUCUUGACGGGACACCAAACUCGCCAUUAGACUAUCUGCUCAGUCCUCCGGACGAGCAUUACGAUAAUAGUCUCCCAUCUACGAGCCACACGGACGUGGAGACGCCUCAGUUUAACCGCACUUUUUCGACGGAUUCCGUGCCCUCCUUAGAUAAUGACUUGAACUCUUAUACUACUUCAGGACCGGUUACUCCGUCAUCAUCCUCAGUGUUUCCAAGACGAGCCACCUUUGAAAGACGAAAACAACUGUUUCCGCCACAAGAAUGCGCCACCGACCAUCCACUUCUGGACCCCGAUGUUGAUUCGCUGGAUUCGUCCUACCUCGUUCAAGAAAACACACCUGUUCCCUCCCCAGAGAGUCGUUCACUGCGAAAUUUGCCCCGGCUUGGUUUUACCUUCAAGUCCAAUCUCACCGCUUCCCUCAGGGCCAUCAAGUCCGCAGCGCAGACAGUGUCUAAUUUUGCAACUCCCUCUGUCCGGCCGGAUGAUUUUCUCACACGCUCUUUAUUCUCUAUCACCCCAGAACUGACGGACGACCGCCGACCUCUUCCUUUGAGUGGGCCGCCGUCACCCGCUCUUCGCCGUUACCUAAACCCAAUUACAUUGUCUCCCGCCGAGAUGCACGUAUACCACGAUUACCCACAGGAUCCGUCGGGAGAUAUCAACAGUUGCCCUGUUUCGAUUCAAAUGCAAACAUAUAACCGGUCUAAAUCAGCGGACAACAAGGGACCAUUCAGUACGGGGAAUGGGAACAACCAGCAAACGUCCUUAUUUGACCCUGAAGUUCCUUCUUCCCGACAGCGAGAGCCAAGAGAAAACAGUGACUUUCUCCGUAUGGUGGUUCUUGAAAUGAACAUGCGUCGAAAGGGGAAAUUGCGCGAUGACAUUCCUACACGCGCGAGGAUAUGGCUCCCACCACGCAAAACCAUACGGCUAGUUUCGGGAAAUUAUGACGAGGACGAGCCGGCCAUUCCACAACGAUGGAUUGGGGUCUCCAUUGAGCGAAUCGAGAACUAA